AAAUGAGGCACACGCAAACAUUUGCCCGUGGAGGCGUCCGUGACUUCCGUGGAGCGGAGUCAUGACGGCUCGUGGCUGCGGUCGCGGCGCUGACAAACACACUGAGAUGAUGCCGUGCAGCUUUGCACAGGUGCGGACUGGACGCUGGGAGACGGUGAGCUGUGCUUGUGGCCAGACGAGACGAGACCUUUAAAUACAGACCUUGGGAUUUCUCGGUCACGUGACUGUGGAUCUACAACCUGCCUCCUCGCAGCCGGUCGUCCGCCUUUUCCACCGAACCAAGGAUGGCAGAGGCUCCCAUGUCAUGUGACUGUUUUGUUUCCUUGCCCCCUGGCUCCCUGGACGACCACGUGAUUUUUGGGAAGAACUCGGACCGGCCCAGGGAUGAGGUGCAGGAGGUGGUCCACUACCCUGCAGCAUCCCACCCUCCAGGCGCCACGCUGGAGUGUACCUUCACCCGGAUCCCUCAGGUGGAGCGGACCCAUGCUGUGAUCCUGAGCAAACCUGCCUGGAUGUGGGGGGCUGAGAUGGGAGCCAACGACCAGGGGGUCUGCAUUGGGAACGAGGCGGUGUGGACCAGGGAGCCGCUUGCUGCGGGGGAAGCUCUGCUGGGCAUGGACCUGGUCCGACUGGGCCUGGAGCGGGGCGGCAGCGCCUGCGCAGCGCUGGCUGUGAUCACCAGCCUCCUGGAGCAGCAUGGCCAGGGCGGCCAGUGCAGGGAGGACCCCGAGCCCUUCAGCUACCACAACACCUUCCUCCUGGUGGACCGCAGCGAGGCGUGGGUGCUGGAAACCGCCGGGAAGCUGUGGGCGGCGCAGAGGGUCUCAGAGGGCGUGAGGAACAUCUCCAACCAGCUGAGCAUCGGCGCCGAGCUGACGGCGGAGCACCCGGAGCUGCGCGGCGCGGCCCGGGCCCGGGGCUGCUGGGACGGGGAGGGGCAGUUCAGCUUCUCCCAGGCGUUCAGCCCCGAGGAGCCGCCCGCCAGGAUGGAGCUGGCCAAGCAGCGCUACCACGCAGGCGCGGCGCUGCUCCGGCAGCACCAAGGCCGGAUCACAGCGGAGGUGAUGAUGUCCAUUCUGAGGGACAAGCCCAGCGGCAUCUGCAUGGACUCGGGCAACUUCUGCACCACAGGCAGCAUGGUGUCGGUUCUGCCCAGAGACAGCAGCCUGCCCUGCAUUCACUUCUUCACCGCCACCCCGGACCCGUCCAGGUCUAUAUUCAAGCCUUUUGUCUUCUCGGACUGCUCCACUCCAGUGCUGAGGGUCGUCUCCCCGCGGUUCGGCCCAGAUGACCCUGCCAAGACGCAGCCUCGCUUUCAGAGCAAAGUGGACCGCAGACACGAGCUGUACAAGGCUCACCAGGUGGCGCUCGGCACCAUGGAAACCAACCCGGACGUGGGUUUAGCGGUGUACGAGAUCCUGAGGGACCUGGAGUCUCAGUGUCUGGGCGAGAUUUCAGCCAUGCUGAGUGGAGAAAUCCCAGGAGAUGAACUGGGAGACUUGUUCUUUGAUUGCGUGGAUGCGGAGAUUAAGUUCUACCAGUGAGGAGGUGGACACCGCUAGCGCUUGCAGAGUGGCAGGAGAAGAACCUGGGACUGUUAAGAAACCGAGUUCACCGUCAGAUUGGCCUCCGUCUCACUCGCCAACCAACAGACGCAUCCCUGACACCAUUCCGUCAUUAACAGAGACUAAGCCUCUAAACUGCUCGUGUGAUUGGAGCAUACGUAUCGUGUGUAUCACCCAGGGAACAAAUCACUGCACCUCAUUAGUGAGCGUAAUGAAGUAGAGAACUCAGGCCUGUACUGUACGUAGUGAUGUGGCACAAAUACUGUACGUAUGGCAUUUGAUUAACAUUGUUUGUUGUUGCAAAUGAGAGUUGUCUAUAACCUGUAGAUAAAGAGCCAAUAAAGGAUGUGCUAGUUUGUCCUGGUGGCUGUCAGAAUAUGCCUCAUUGAGUUGGUUGCAUUUUAAAUUUGUCCUCUCUCAGACUCUGAAACGUUUUAGUCUGUGUGGGGUCACAUCUACAUUUGAUCAUACUCCAGUGUCUUUGCUCAAUUUACUAAUAAAUGAACAAGAUAUAUUGUCUUGA